UCGAUCUUCUGCAGAGAACGCAUCAGUGGUUCUACUAUCCUACGCCAAACUCAGGGUUUCGAAACAUUUAAAGAUCCUUCUUCGUAUUUUCCAAAUCCCAGAUGUCUUUGUUUGUUGGUAAUCUAUCUUCUCAUGUUCGACAGGAUCAACUUGAACAUGUUUUUCGGAGGUUUGGGCGGAGUAGUGUUCAGCUGAAAGAUGGAUAUGGUUUUGUAAUAUUUGAUGUUCCUUCCAAUGCAGAAAAAGCUUUAAGAGCACUACGGGGUAAGAAUAUAUGUGGGGAGCCAAUAUCUAUUACAUCGGCAAACAAACAGCCAAGGCCUCUUCAAAGAUUUGCACGAGGUACAAGAUUCUAUGAACCAUACCGCGGGAAGAAUUUAACGAGGGGAGAGAGUUAUGGUAUGAGGAAAAAAGGUUUCUUUAGAUUGCCAGACUAUAAAAUGAGUGCUGAGCACUUAGACAGUAGUAAUAGGAGAUUGCCAUACAUGGUGGAUCCACUUGAUGAGGAAAUAGGUCAUCACCAGGAGCAUAUUGGAGAUCAUGGAGGAGAAAAUGAUUGUAACUAUGAAGGAUUGCUGGACAGAGGUGCUACUGUUGCUCCCAACCUGGUGGACAAUGAUAGAUGGGGUGAACCUGUGGUUGAGACGUUGAAUGCUAAUGGAGUGGAAAAUGGGACCGAUUUGGAUCAUUAUGAACCUUACCAUGGGUUUGACAGAAAGGAUCAAGAAGAAAACCAACAAAUGAAUGGUUCUCCUACUCAUGGAAGAUCUCAAGAUAAACAUUGGAGAGAGCAUAUUGGUCAGGCAACAUUGAAGCAACCUGAUAAUCCAAAACCCCAACAGACCUGCUAUGGUUGUGGCUUAACUGGCCACAUAAUGUGUAACUGUCCCCGAGCAGAUACUUCUCAACGGAAGAAGUUUACCCAGUUUGACCUAAUGAGAGAUGAUAAGUUUGGUUUUACAAGUAGUGGCGAGGGGGAGUCAAAAAGGCUAAGGCAUUCAUCUUGGGGAAGAUCGAAGUCAAGUAAAGAUCCUAUGUUGGUGAGGCAACAGAGGACUGACAGAAGGGAACGCGGUUCUGGAAAGUCUAGGAAAUUGGUUAGGAGAAAUGGAAGCUUUCCUGCAAAUAAAGAAACUACCUGGUCUCAGCCCAAAAGGGACAAUCAAGGUAAAAAGAGAAGUAGGGCAGAACAUGGCAGUCCAAAAAAACAUCGUGGAAAGAAGUCAAGGAAGUUGGCUUCAUCUCCUAUGCGUUCGAAUUCCACUGCAUCAAGUUCACACUCGCAUUUGUGGUCCUCAAAGUUUGUUUCUGGGAUUAGUUCUUGUUCUAGAUCAAGAUCAGUAUCUUCUGGAUCACGUUCAUUUUCAUCUACUUCAGCAUCGUCUUCAACAUCAUCCUAUUCGAGGUCUGAAAGUUCUAGGUCAAGGUCAAGGUCUCCAUCUUCCUUGUCGUUGUCCAUAUCACUUGGUCGGUCUUUACCAUCUUCUCCAAGUAAGGUACCAAAAAAUGCAACAAGUGCUUCCCUGAAAGGGUAUCUGGAGAAUGUCCCUAGUCCCCAAUCCAAACAACUUUUGAUUGAGCAAAAACAGCUAGCGGAAAGUGAUGCAAGUUCAAAAAAUUCAAAACAAAAAAGUGCAAGUGUGACAUUGAAAGAUGAGAAUAUGUUACCAUCCUUAAAAGUAGAGGGUGAAAGGAAAAAGGAGAGUCAUGGGUGGCUGGAUGAUGAUGGAGACCCUACUACAUCUAGGAUUGGAUAUGAGGUAACAAAUCCAGGGACAACAUUGGAACAAUGUACUUUUCCUGCUGGUAAAUCAUCUUCAGAGAAUUCAGUAGCUAAGAGGGGGCCUCAGAAAUCACAGCCACUAGAACAUACAGUGUCACCAAGUGAAAAGCCAAAUCUUGAGGUUCCUGUUAAUUCACAGACUAAUAGUUCUACAAGAAUAUCCUCAGAGGAGAUGUACAUGGUUCUGAAACACUAUGGCUUGGCACUGCCAGAAGAAAGUGAAAAGAACUUACCUACAAAGGUUUUCUUUGGUUCGGCUCGGUUAUGGCCUUGGGAGAUCAUCUAUUACCGCCGACUGAAGAAGGGCUCAAUAUCAACUGAGAAUUAUGCUAGAUGAGUUUCACAAAAUAGAGAAUUUGGCAUUGUGGAUAAGUACAUCAGAAGCAGUAGCGGAUGGCAAGAAUCUGAUCAUAACAAUUCUUGAUUGGUUCCUCCAUUUUGUGCAGACUUAUUAUUAAGCCCUGCAGUACUCCAAAUGUUUCACACUUUUCAUUUUACGCUUUGUUAAAGUGUACAUCCAAUAUAAGCAGGUAAAUUUCAGAAUUAUUCAAUCUAAUUCUAGUCCUCUUAGUAAAAUUUUGGUUGCCUAUCAACAUAAAAAAAAAUAGUUUUCUAGAUGACAGUGGGGAUAGCUUGUUUAAGCUGUUAAAAGGAAAUAGCACGAUGAAAGUUGUUCUUUGCUGA